GCCACAAGUGGCAGCAGGCCAGCUAGCUGAGCGCGGCGGAAGAGACGUCGGCGCGCUUCCGGCGGGCGUGGGCGGGGCUUCGGGCUCCUUCCCGGGAUAUCUGCGGACGCAUGGCAGGAAAUGCUCUUGGAAGUAUAACGCCCAGAAAACCUGUCUUAUCUGUCAGUGCAAGAAAAAUUAAGGACAAUGCAGCUGAUUGGCAUAACUUGAUCCUGAAAUGGGAAAACCUCAAUGACACAGGUUUUGCUACUGCAAAUAAUAUUGCCAACCUGAAAAUCAGUUUAUGGAGUGAGGACAAGACAGAGCUACAGAGCAGCAGCCCGGCUUGCGGGGAAAAGGCGGGAAGGACGCUUCCGGAAUAUAGCAAGGAGCUAGAGAUGCUGUGUGAGGAGCUGCAGACCACCUUCAACGCUUUGGCCAAAAUACAGACGAAAAUGGAAAAGCUGUCUUCAACUACCAAGGGAAUUUGUGAACUAGAAAACUACCAUUAUGGACACGAGAGGCAGCGCCCCCCCCUGUUUCACACGUGGCCCACAGCCCAGUUUUACGAGGUUUCCCGCAAGCUGUCCGACAUGUACCGGAAGGAGCUUCUCCUGAAACGCACCAUCACCGAAGAGCUUGCGCACGCCGCGGACCGCGACCUCACCCUGAGCUACUUGUCAAUGUGGCUGCACCAGCCCUACGUGGAGACCGACAGCAGGCUGCUUCUGGAAAGCAUGCUGCUCGAAACGGGGCACCGAGCGCUGUGACCUGCCAACACGGCCCGGCCCGAGCCUCCAGGCUCCGGGCCUCUGGCCGCUUCUGUGGCCGCCACGGCGGACGGUCUUUCACGGGAGGCCCCGGGAGCGUGCCCUGUGCGGUGCUGUGGCCGCCCGGCGACCUUAGGGUCUCCAGGUUGGACCAUCUCUGCAGCUCCCAGUGGCCUCUCCAGACACUCUCCAGACACGCUCAACGCGUGCCUACUGUGAAUCUGGCACCCGAGAGGAUUCUACAAGAAAUAAAUGAGUUCCUCAACAAGA